AUGGAUUCCCAAGCACCUGUUACCAACGAAUCCACCGCAUCCGGUAAAAUGCACGGCGAGCCAUCACUCAUGUCGGUUCUUGCCUCUUCAUGCUGGAACUGUGAAGCGCGUACUCGCACAGAGAUUGUCUACCUGAUUCCUCAUCACGAUCCGGCUCUGGGCCUUCUCUCGAGACUGGGGUUCAUCCAGGAACCGCUCCAAUCGCCAUCCAACAUGGUUCCCCUGUGCCCGACUUGCCGUGCAAAUUUUGACAGCACCGUGGACCCUGGCUUUGUUUUCCUGCCUGUCGACUUGAAGUAUUUCAUGCAAUAUGAAGAAAAUGAUUACCAGAACAGAUGCCAACAGUUACUCUCUGGGAGAAAAAUUGAGCCUAGAACAUUCCCGACGGCACGGAAUUAUUUGGAUCACCAAAUCAAGCAGGGUGUGGUUCGUCCGACCGCGACAGGUGGGCUAUACCGCCGAGUCUUCUUUAAGAACUUUCUCCCUCCUGCAACUAAUAUGAAGCAUCUGGAGUUACCCAAGACCUUUAAUGGCUCGCCCAUCGCAACCAUUCGCCGUGCCUUCCAGGCUCUGGGGAGUCUUCGUUGCGGAGCCUGGUCUGAAGUGAGAGACGACCUCUUUAAACUACAGGGUUUAUAUUCUCGAUGCUUACCGGAGACGCCGGAUCUUCAAGAUCCUGCAAAACCGAAACGAUCCGUUAAUGGCACUCGUGCUAUGGUUCUAAAGGCCUGCCGCAAUCGAAUAAACAAUUUGCCGAACUAA